AUGGCGUGCGAGUUGGGGGUGUACGGGCUGGCGGUGAUGGGCGUGAACCUGGCGCUGAACGCCGCCAGCAAAGGCUUCCGAGUCUGCGUCGGAAACCGAACUCCUUCCAAAGUCGACGCGGCUCUGCAAAUGGCUGAAACUCAGGGAUUGCGGGAGAAGUUCGUUGGCGCGAAAGACACGAAGGAAUUUGUCGAGAACAUCAAACGCCCGAGAAAGAUCAUCAUGAUGGUGCAGGCAAGCUUCUAG